UCCGAGCCCUACUUAGGGUUACGUCUAAAGACUAGUAUAAAAGCCAAAUUUAGGUUAACUUCAAUAAUGGCCCAACUUCUGCCUUCUCCAAUCACCACUGUGCCUGCCAGCCGCCUCGUUUUUAACGCGCCGUUUGACGUGGAAAGGCCCUACAAACUUGUCAUAAGAAAUGUAGGGCGAAGGAAAGUGGCCUGGGCGUUGGGGCUGAGUAAUAAAAUAGAAAAUAACUUCCGAAUCGAUGACAACUGUGGCGUAAUAGAUAAGCCACAACAACAGGCGACAAUAAAAAUACGCCUCAAUGCCGGUAUGGAGCCGAGGCACAGCAAACGUUUUGGAUCUUUUGGAUGAUUUCUUUCUUGAUGAGAUGAAGAAUGCUCAGAAUUCUUAAUGUGAAGUCAUCUCUACUGCCGUUCAACCCGGUAUUCCACUGCCUGCAUUUAGUGCUUUUAUUAUGUAUUUUUUGAUUGUUAUCGUUCUGAAGCUUUACCAG